AUGAAUUUAGGGUUUUCCUAAAAAUCAGAUUCCAUGUCAAUUACAUUGAAAAAAGGUUUGCUAUUUGAAAUUAUAUAAAGUACUUGAUGAGUUUACACAAUUAAAUGAAACAACUAAAGAACAUUAUGCUGUAAUUUUAAUUAAGGUGAUGAUUAAUUUGAUCACAAAUAGCAAAGGUAUUUCCAUAAUUUAAUCAAGAAAUGACUAUGCAAGGUCUUACACAUGAGAUUAAGACCGCCGGAGAAUAUUUAAUCAAUAACGCGCAAGCUGGUCAUGGCAGGUCAGAGUUAGUGUUAAGAUCAACUCAGACCAUUUAUUAACAUUACAUUAGUAAAGGUUUGCAGCACUCGCAAGCUGAUGGCAUGGAAGCAUUGAAAUCUUCUCUCUUAGAAAUUUCAUAAGAGCUAAUCGACAUUAUAAUUCGUUCUAAAGAUAACAUUAAGACCCAAUGUUUGAAAUUCUUUAAUAAUAGAUUUGUAUUUAAGAAUUUUAACUUUAGAAAGUCUUAGUAGUUGGAUACUCAAAUGUUGUUAUCUAUUCUUUGAUAGAAGCAUUCAAGGCUGGCAUAGUUAUGCAAAUAUACAUUCCUGAAAGCAGACCGAAAUCAGAGGGAAUAGAAACAUAUAGAUAAUUGACAGAAAUUGGAUAUCCUUGCAAAUUAAUAUUUGACUCUGCUAUUGGAUAAGUCAUGGAAAAUAUAGAUAUGGUCUUGACAGGAGCUGAAGCAGUUGUUGAGAAUGGAGGUAUCAUCAAUAGAGUUGGAACCUACACAACUGCUAUUUGCGCUAAAUUUUAAAAGAAACCAUUUUAUGUUUUAGCUGAAAGUUUUAAAUUUACUCGUUUGUUCCCUCUAUCAUAAAAAGACUUAAGUGACUCAAUCAGAUAUAGCUAAGAAGAGCCACUAUUUUCAGAAAAAUUGAAAUUGCCAGAAAAUUUGGAUGUAACAUUUUAGCAUCUUAUGAAUAAUAGCUUAUUAAUCCUUUGUGUGAUUACACUCCUCCAGAUUUGAUUACAUUAUUAUUUACAGAUUUAGGAGUUUUUACGCCAUCUGCUGUUUCGGAAGAAUUGAUUUAAAUAUUUAACACCUGAGAAAUAAUAUUAUAAUUUUAUGUAAAUAAAUA